AGAAAAACGAGCCGGCGACCUUUGUUUGAGAUUGUCUUGCCCCUUUCGACGGGGACGGUUUCUUUCCAUCCUGCUCGUUUGCUGCCUUGUUUCAUUCGUGGACAAAAUGAAAAUGCGUGAGCUGCACCGAGCUCGGGGGCCAAGAGGCUCCGUCCUCGCCGUUUCUUUGCUUCUUUUCACGAGUGCCGCCGUUGGAACAAAAUUAAGGCUGCAGCUGCACCGGGCAGAAGUGCCACAACCACAUCCACACCCACCUCGGGACGUCGAAUCGGUAAAAAUAUCUCCCGCGCACCAAGCACUAAACGGCUACCUCGCUCCCGCCACGGAACAAGUUGUUGACUUGCAACCCUCGGCACCGCCGAUCUCGGCUCUGGAGCGAGAUGAAGAUCCUGUAGGACUGCAGCAAAGGGAUGACUUUUUCCUUCAGCCGGAAACGGAAGAAAGCAGGCGGGGGGAACAAGAACAUCUUGUUCAACAAGUGCCACAGAGUUACGGCGAUUCUGGCAACUACGUCGGUUCACCAGGCGCUUAUGUCGACCCGCCCUACAACCCGCUCGAAAGUACCAGCUGUCCUGCACAGCCUGCAGUCGCGCCCAGUCGAGUUGUUCCUGCGACUCCUGCAGGAACUCUGGCUCAGCAGGUCAAUUCACCACUGGGAACAAUGCAAGCGCGUUCAUCUUCUUCGCACCAGCAGAACAACGACCCCCAGAGCAACGAUCCACAGGAACAUCCGGACUACAGUCUGAACGAACAGCAGCUGAUCCAGGCCUUGACCUCCUUUUUUCAGGGCGAGCUCGACCCGAUUUCCCUGGCCGAGCAAAUAACCCGCGUCGCCGAUUACGACGGGGGGAUAUCUGCCACGAUGUUGGCCAUGCAAGUGGUCGGAAGUUCGUCGGGCGCCGGUUUGUUCGCGAAUUCGGUUGAAGUCGGCAGCACUUCAAAUAGUGCGAGCAAAACUUCUGCGGUUUCUGCAGCUCCUGGGAGGACUAUUUGGGACGCCGUUUUGGAGCUGGAUCAGCAAACUGAGGAGGAGACUGCCAACGCAGGUGUCGUGCCUUCUUCCAGCCGUGCGGACGAAACGCAGCAGCACCAGCAGCAGGUACAUCCAGUGUCCGUCAGUGUGGGUAUGCCCUACCGUAACUACGAAAAUGCUGGGAACUGUGGCCGGGUGGUGGAGGCUACUAGCUUCCAGGCGUCGCCAGUAGCGGCAAUGCCCACGACAGCGCAGUCCAGCGGAGGCAGUAGGGGACACAAACACCUUUCCUGCCGGGAAAAAAGAGAACAGCGCCGGGAGAUGAAGUCUUGCAUUCACAGGGGAACACACUAUGAAUCUGGUAUCGGGUCAAAAUCACCCGGCGCGCAAGGAACUACAGGAAAAAAGUCGGUCGCGGCCCCUCCGCAAACGGCAGUGACGUCGUUCCUUUUGCCGGUUGAGGAAGAUGUGGACAUACAGUACACGCCGGCCUACCUUCCGCCACCUCUUGCGAACACUAGCGCGCAACCAAGCCUCGCGCAGGCGUAUGGGGUGGCUGCUACGGCACCAGCUUUUGGCGUGACGAGCCAACAGCUCUCCCUGUUACAGCACGAUUACAGCACAGCGAAAAGUGGGUCUCUGCGGUGGGCGCGGCUCAUGAGCGAACUCGGACAGACGCCACUACACGUCAGGACGGUGUUUGACAUACUCGACAAAACGAGUACCGGCUCCUCUUCUAACCUUGCUGCCUCCACACACCACUCCUACUUCGACCUGGAGAACUCGCUUCGGACACUGAAAAAGUGUGCGAAUUUUGAAAGAGACGCGAGUCUAAGUUACCGGGUCAAGAAACUGUUCGACGUGAAUGGAUCUUCGGCGUGUAGUGCUGGGGGGAACUCGUCGUCUUCCCCCUCUGGUGCCACAAGUAAAAACAAGUCCUGGAACCAGCUGCAGAUGCACACGAACGGGUUGUUUCUGACUACAGGAGAUGCUGGAAAGACAUGGAUGGCCAGAAAGCGUAGCGCGCAGGCCAAGGCGCGUGAAAUCCGCGAGCGGAUUCGGAGUAGAAUGGUGGGAGGCGGCAGAGGUCCGCGGGGCCCCUGCAAACCGGUGGGACAGGUUCCAGGGCCACCGCCUUUGAAGUUGGCGCCGGCCUAUGUUCGCCCGGGGGCGGGGCCGGCUUCCUUGCGCUUGCCCGCCCGGGGCACAGCUCCCCCACCGGCCUUGUGAGUGUGCUUGGGUCGAGGUGGCGGCCGUUUCAACAUUCCCCGUCGGCCCGGCCAGGUUCCGGGUGCGCCUGUAUCCUAGGUUUCUUUUAGCCCGCGGCCGGCCCCGGGCUUCCGUGUGUGUUCCCGCACGGCUUCGCGGUAUCGGGGCUCUGGUUGUUGAUCGUCCCAGGGCCGGUUGUUUGUCCACCGGGCAAAAGCCAAGGCGCCGGCGAGCCAUAGGCCCGCCCCGGCCUCUAGUUCAAAGCGCAGACACACAAGGCGGCGCGCGGGCUCACCGCGUCGCUUUCUCCCGGCCCGGGCCCUGGUUACGCUAUUGCGCGCGGGCUGACGCGCGCGCGCAGGGGGGUUGCCCCGCCUUUUUGGACAGGCCGGCGCACUUUUUUUUGGGCCCCCCCGCUCGGCCUCCCGGCAUAUUGUGGUCGCUUGGCGAUCAGCGUUGGCGCACGGCGGCGUGGCCAAGUGCUUUGGCCGGGUUUGCUCAGGGUCGGGAACAUGGGGGAAGCCGUGGGGCCGCCACGCAGGAAGGGCAACGCAUUUUGAUACUAGCAAGGAGCAGGCUUUCCGCUGGUACGCCCUCCCGGGUAAGUCAUUUGUGGCAACACGCGCCGCGCCCAAGGAUAUUGCCGCGGAAUCCAGGCAGGGUGCUGGAAAGGGGCCACGCGCAAGGGGGCGACGUUGCUAAUUCACUGCCCUCCCACCGCGCCCGUAAUCAAAAGCAAGGGCAGACAGCGGCGCCGGUUGCGGCCCGCUUCAACAUUGACUGCAUGCCGGCGCGGCGGCGGCGCCGUCCGGCUGGGGCGCGUGUAUUCUUUAUCGCCAACAAGCUGGCGGGCCGCCAGCGAGCGCCUUCGGGCUGUGCCCGCGCACGUUCCUUCGUGCGGAUUUUCGAUGCUACCGCGAGGCAUCGCGAUGUUGCGUUUCUGGGUCCCAAGCACCAGAAAGCGCGAUUUUAGCAUGUUCCGCAGGGUUCCGUUUUUGUACUUUGUCCCACCAUAUCCUGGAACCAGCUGCAGAUGCACACGAACGGAUUGUUUCUGACUACAGAUGCUGGAAAGACAGAUCGCCGGUGCGGGGGUAGGGCGCGGGCAGGUCUGUGUAGGACAAGAACAUCAAGGGAGCAAGACCACAGCGCAGCUUCGCAGGACGACAGACUCCUGCCCACGACCAAGCCGGUGGUGGUGGAAAUGUCGCUCUUUCGGGAGAAGGAAGGAGUUGGAGAGCAGCAAUUGCUGUUUUCUUCAGUAGCAACAUCUUCUCCGAGUAGCUCAGGCAGUUCAACCUCCGCGUCGACAAGCGCGUCAAGCGUUGCGUCCUCAUGGAGUAGAGGUAGUGGCAGCUUUAGUUCAAGAACUUCUUCUAGCAGCAACCGAGGCAGCACGAGUAGUAGUUUUAGUGCUGCAGCCGGCAAUUAUAUUCCAACGAGAAUCGUGCAUUCUCAAAGCGCGAAUCCCGCCAUUGUGCGGAAUUCCUUCGCGGGACGGAUUGUGCUACUACAGAAGGAUGAUUUUGUGAAGUUUUCCGCUACUCCACGCUUGCACGGAACAAGCGGGUUCGCAGAUUCUGCGUUGCAUGGCGGAAAUCCCUAUCCCUUUCUGUUCAAUCCGGAAGCACGAAUUGAACAGGACCAAAAGUGUUUCCUAUUCAAAAAGUGGUGGAAGAAAUGGCGGCAACGGCAGCAACGUGGAUCUGGGCGGCACUGCGGAAACCUGCUUGGGGAAAGUGAUCGGGAGGAACUCGCGGAGGAGCGGAGGAGGAGCGCUGGUCGUGUGGAGGAACAUGACAUGCAGAGAACGAACUGUGCCGGCGCAACUACUGCAUCUACUAGUACAGCGUCCGCGUCCACGAUCUUUGCUAGUACAGUGACAGCCGCUUCUUCUGCCACUGGUACAACAACUACCGGGGUGGGACAAGCAGCUUCGUUUGUUUCCGGACACAAUCCACCUUCUCACGAACAGCUGCGGGAAUCUGCGUCUACCCAUGUUGAAAUGGUCCCGUAUGAAUUCAACCGACUGUCGGAACUGCACUUGCAGAUCGGGACGGGAAUGUCGGCGACGCACUGGAAAUUUACGCGGCGGGUGCGCAUGCAGAGCAGUCGUCCGGUGGUUACGGGAAAUUAUAACCCUGGUAGUUCAACAUCUGGUUUCAGUCGGGGUGCGGAUGCUGCAUUUGGGCCCGACGACUGCAUCUAAAAUCCCGGAAAGUUGAAGUUGUCGAAUAUGUGGACAAAACGAACAACGCCCUUCGAAGCAUGGAGGGACUUGAGAUUGUCAAGCCAUCGCCCUGGAAGAUCUUUGUUGAUCCUGGAGAAUAAAGGGCAGGCCGCCUAAUGUGUAAGUGUAGGAUAAUAUAGAAGAAGAGUCGAAUCCGAAUGUAUAUGGCGAGGAACAAUUUCUUGCUGGAAAAUGCACGUGAAAGACCACAGGAGACCCAAUUUAUUAAGUUGUGCUGGAACAAUAAAUGUACUGUGCUGCUUUUCUUCGAGGUAAGUGAAUGAAAAAAACAAACAUAAGAGGUAGAACUGCACAUGCUGCCUCGGUCAUCAACAUAGUCUAGGUCUACCGAGGUUUUUAGUAAAAGGCAACGCUGUGCCACCACCUAACUCUGUCUGUCCUGGUCUGCCUAAAAUUCAAAGUCUAAGAAUGUAAAU